AUUGGAGCUUCGGUGUAGUGCAUUUUGCGGCCACUGUGUUCUCCAUCAGUGCGUUAUUGAUGAUGUUUUACGGGUGAUCAUAGUUGGUAGUGGUUGUGCAUCGGGCGUUGAACUUAUGUUUUUUUCUCUGUUCCGAUUGCGUAUUCUUCGACGUCGAAAUUGCCUCCCGUUCCGUAGCUGCAGUGCUUUUGCAGCGCAUCUGUUGUUUUAGGUUUGGAGUGUGAGAAGUCCUGGGACGGUGAUUUUGCUGGCUAGAAUUUUUAGUAUGUUGUGGAGUUACUGUGAGCGACAAUCCAAAUGUCGCUCUCAGAGCCACUGCAGUGAUUUCGGUGCGACGAAUUCUGUUAUUGACCUAAUCCUGCGAUUUCUGGUUUUUUGCAACCUCUUGCUGCUAUAUGGCUCGUAGCCUGAGGGUAGGAGAGGCACCUACUGGCGUAUAAGCGUAUGGUGCAUGAGGUUCUGGAAAUGGAGACGGGUUAAAUAAUACAUUUGGUGUGGACUGUGAUAAUUAGAAUCGAUCUAUAAUAGACCCUCAAUGUGCCUGGAAUUUCUCAAUGGCUUGCGUAGAUCUAGGAUUUGUGCCAACUCUCAAUGGAACCUCAUGCCUCUGGACCUGAUUCCUUCUUGGUGCAAUUUUCAAGGCAUUUAGCUGCUUGCAUUCAUUGUAUUCGUUAGCAUCAAAGGAAUUCAAGUUUGGACUAGUUCUUUCACUUGUUUGGGCACCAAUUCCAGUUCAAGCAUGGCCAAGUUUGGAGAAGGUGACAAACGAUGGAUUGUUGAGGAUAGACCAGACGGUGCGAAUGUACACAACUGGCACUGGAAUGAAAAGGACUGCUUACCAUGGUCUAAGAAACGGCUCGGUGAGCUGCUAGAGAAUAUUGUCAUACUUGAGGGAGAAGGCGGUUUAUGGGUUCAAACAACAAAUAUUGAAAGUGUUACUGGGGAUGCCUACGUCAAUAUCAGGAAAGGAAAAAUUAUUCCGGGUUAUGAAAUUGCCAUCCAAGUUGCUUGGAAGGGAGAAGCGAAAGAUGGCAGUGGAAACUCUUUGGCGAAAGUCACGGGCACUUUAGAUUUUCCUUAUGUUGCAGAUGAGAACGCAGACGAAGACCCUGAAUUAAAAGUAUCUGUUAAGGACGAGUCGCCUGUGGGGCAAAGACUUCGUGACGCUUUUCUUGCGAAGGGAAAGCCUAUUGUCCUGAAGAAACUAGCUCAAUUUGUGAAGGAAUUUGCUGCAGGAGGACCUGCUAAGGAUGAGUUGGAAGGCAAAGGGCCUAUCAAAGCAUCUGAAAAAUCUGAGAAGCCUAGACCAUUGUCAGGCCCAGUAAUUAAGGAUGCACCUACAUCUGCCGCAAGGGAUACCCAGCCUAAGGGAAAGGAGGGCUUCAAAACUAUUAGUCUAACAGAGAAGUUCCACUGUCGACCACACAACCUUUAUGACAUAUUGAUGAACGACAGAAGCUGGAAGGCAUUUACGUCAAGUAAUGCACAAAUCAGCAAGGAAAAGGGAGGGAUGUUUUCCAUUUUUGAUGGGGCUGUCACAGGUGUCAAUGUGAAACUUGAAGAGAAUAAACUUAUUGUUCAGAAGUGGAGAUUUAACAGCUGGGCCGAUGGCCACUAUUCAAAUGUAAUUUUAUCUUUCGAGGAACCUGAAGUUGGCCUGACCAUCGUGAAACUGACUCAGACCGACGUUCCAGACGAGGACAGAUAUGGCAAUGCAACAGUGGUGGAAAACACGGAAAGGGGAUGGCGAGAUCUGAUCUUCCAUAAGAUUCGUGCUGUUUUUGGUUUUGGGCUGUAACUUCGUUGUGGUCUUCCCGAAGGUUUAUUGAAACACGUUGCCGGUUGUUUGAUUGCCGUUGGGGAAUGAGAGAAUUCGCUAGUCAUUCAAGUACAGUUUAGUUGUACCUGUUCCGCCUCAGAAAACAAAAUUAAAAUCCUGCAAUAUUCUACACUGGCUUUGCCAAAGAUGCAGUCAGGUUUGUGCCAUUGCCUCCAAAGUCGAUUCUCCAAUUUUGUACUUUGAAAUAGUCCAGCACCGACAAAUGUUAGGUGUUUAAAGUACACCUGUCGGAAACCGAGGAUCUCUACACUAUUUCUUAGCAGCCAGGGCACGGGGAUUAGGAACCAUCUCACAAGUGGGUUGGUGCACUAAGUUUUGUGCUGUGCCUUUUGAUUGGCUUGCUACUUAGCUUCUUCGUCUUCUGCUUUUGCUUUGUACUCACCAUCAGAUCUUCAUCGUCAGCCGCUACUGUGUCAUUGUCCUUGGAUGGUGAAUACUGAACUUCAUAUGUGAUUGAAGGAGUGAUAUUGAAUAUUACGAUGCAGGCAACGACGAGGCUAGUGGAUAGUUGGCCUUUCACACAAUCAACUAGUUACACGCUGCAGUACAUUCCAUGAGUUUACUCAGAGGACAAAUGUUUUUAUUGAAUAGGAUUACUUGAGAGUGUUACACUGUC